AUGACAAGCUACGCUUCUUACAUCGCAAUGAUAUUAAUUCAGAUAGCGUAUGGUGGAUCAAACAUCCUCAUCAAAGUUGCCAUCGACAAGGGCCUCGAUCAACUCCUCGUCGUCGUGUACCGCCAUGUUAUAGCCAUGUUCGUGCUAUUCCCCUUCGCAUUUGUGCUCCGAAGGAGACAGCGGCCUGCACUCAUUCUCGGUGAAGGUCAAGAUCUUUGUGAUGCCUUCACUGGGAGCUACAGUUCACCUAAACGUUUAUUCUGCAGGCCUUCACUACGUCUCCCCAACAGCAGCCAGUGCCUUGAGCAACGUUGCUCCUGGUUUAACUUUCAUCACGGCAGUUAUUCUGCGAUGGAGUCGGUGGAGAUUAGACAAGCGAGAGGGCAGGCCAAGGUGGUGGGCGCACUGAUUUGCGUGGGUGGGGCCCUUAUUUUUACGUUUUGGAAAGGAGGGGUUCUGUUGAGGGCAUUUGUGGAGAGGCCUCUGAUUCUCGUUCACGCGACAAGGCAUCACAGGGUGAAUGAGAUCAAAGGAUCGUUUCUUAUUCUCCUCAGUCAUGUUGCUUGGAGUGCAUGGCUCGUUCUGCUGUGCUCGGUUGUCUCUCAACGUUCUGAUACAUGCUUCUUCGUAUCAUUACAGUCCCCUGUGCUUGCCCUGUUUUUUGCCAGAGACUUGAGCUUCUGGAGGCUGGAACUAAUUGAUGGUAUUGCAGGGGGUAGUGCCGCUAUCGGGCGGGAUGUUCUGCUUACAAAUAUGGUGUAUCAGCGUGAAAGGCCCUGUUUUUGUGGCCAUGUUUAUUCCGCAGUUGCUAGUUUUUGUGGGAAUCUUCUCUUCCGUUGCUUUUGCAGGGAGAUUUCAUCUGAGCAGGUUGACUUGUUUCAUUAUUGCAAGUGUAUCUUGCUGGGUGCAUUUCUGAUCACUGGAGGGCUUUACUGUGUUCUCUGGGGCAAGAGUUUAGAUGCGGCCCGUGUCACGAAAAAGGGAAAGAACGAGCACAAGAAUGGGAACGAGGUGAUCCAUGUUUGUGUCCAGCAGCAGGAGUCCUGA